AUGGCCAUGAUACAAUUAAAUAUUCAAUCAUCACAUGACGCAUCUGAUUAUUCUUUAGUGAAUGAAAAUGGUCAUUACAUAUCGGAUACAGAUUUUGUUAAAGAUUAUACUUCAAAACGAGAGGAACACUCAUCAAAUAUUAUACCCUUAAUGCUUGUGAAAAAUGAUUCGCUCUUCUCAAAGGCAUGGUUCUGGAUGGUUGUUCAAGGAACUUGCUCAAUCACACUAACACUUGCUAACAAGUACUUGUCAAUGAACUUUUCAUCACCUCUACUUGUCAUUAUGAUUCAGAAUGUAGUUUCACUCUUAUUCUUUGUGAUAUUCAAUCAUGUUGGGGUUUUCCCAUUCAAAUAUCCAAUGUGGAGAGAUUUCGCCUAUCAGUUACCCUCUAGCAUGUUCUUUGUUUUGUUGACAUGGACAUCUCUGGAAGGUUUAAGGUUGACAAGUGUGAGUUUGUUCACAAUUAUUAGAAAUUUAGUGCCCAUGAUAACUGCCAUUCUGGAUAUGACAGUUUUUGGAUAUUCCAUAGAUUUCCAAGUUGUUAGUUCUCUAAUAUCAAUAUUCCUUGGAGGAGUAUUUUACAGUAUUUAUGACUUUAGUCUUGAUUGGCAAGGAUUUCAUUGGAUUAUUCUCAAUACUUGUUGCUCUGUGGCUAUUCCAAUGAUUGAAAAACGGUUGUUGUACAAUUAUCUUCAAGGUCAAACUCCUGCUGGAAUGAAUUUCACAAGAAAUCUCUUGUCAAUUCCAUUGCUGAUGAUAAUUCUCAUGGUUAAAGAUGACAUGUUGUCCAUAACAAACUCUUUUCAACUAUUGAACUCUCCAUUCAUUUGGUUUUCACUUUUAAUGACCUCUGCUUUUGGUUUCUUCAUUGGAUUAUCUUAUUUUUUCCUUCUUCGAUUGACAUCUAACACUUCCAUAUCCAUUGCAAAUACCACCUACAAAUUAUUAACCCUGCUCAUUAGCUUUGCUUUUUUCGGAGUCUCAUUCAGUCUCUUCGGAUGGAUAGGAAUAAUUUUGAGUUUCCAAGGUGUCUUCUUCUUUAGUAUCCACUCCAGAAAAUCUCCACCAAAGAAUAAAAGUAAAUAA